GCCGUUAACGUUCAACCCGUAACCGUGGACCCGUCAGGCUCUAGGACCCCGAAGGCGAUCCAGCGGCCUACUAAACUUGAGCGCAACUUGGACAAACCAACUGGGAAGUAUCACAUGUUCCGUCCAGAUUUAGCAACUCUAAUUUGGGGGGGAAAACGGACAUUUUUGAAAUCAUGAGUUUAGAAGACUAACAAAAAAAAUCGAGCGAUUUUCUUGCAGCACCACUUUCCAAGGGAUUAAAUUAAAAACAGACCAGGAGUGAACUCGAUUUUGCCCUAUAAACUAGCUAGCGAGGCGGCGAUGGAUCCAGAGAGACAGAAACGCAAGGAGGAAAUUGACAAAGCCCUGGGAUUCAUUCAGUCAUCUUUGCCUUUUCCUGAUUCUGAAGGUUAUGAGGCAUUUUUGACUCAGUUAGUGUGCAAUUUGCUGGAUGAAGGUAACACAGUGUUUCGGGAUGGAGAAUGGAGGCAGGCAGCAGCACACUACAGUGAGGGUGUUAAUGUGGCCCGGUAUGCCCAGUCUGAAGCACUGGUGAUUCCUCCAGAACUGCUGGAGAGUCUGUAUGUUAACAGAGCAGCUGCACACUACAACCUUGGUGAGUAUGAGCGAGGGGUGCAGGACUGUGACAGUGCUCUGUGCGUUUCAGAGGGCAGCCGUAGAGCGCUCUACAGGAAAGCACUGUGCCUCAGAGAGCUAGGUCGAUUCAGAGAGGCCUACGAGUGUGGCACUGCCUGCCUGCUCACUGCACCUCAUGACAGACAAGUCAGUGAACUGGCUCAGGAUCUGGCCGUGAAACUUGGCUUGAAACUCCGUAAAGCCUAUAUCAGCACACAGGAUGACACUCUGGCAUCUCAAACAGACAGUAAUGGAGAAACCGCUUCUUCUACAGGGGAUACAUCAAAUGGGCUUGAGUCUUUGACAGAUAUUGGGUCAGACUUGGCAAAUGCCCAGUGCAUUCCCGCACCUUUGGCCACUCCAAUCCCAGUCAGUGAUGAUCCACCGAUGCCAUCACUGAGUCCAGUAGUACCCCAGGAUACACCAGAGAGCCCAAACCAAGUACCCACAGGGCGGGUACAAUAUUCUGUGCCUGUGUCUGAGCAUAUGGGUGAAUGUGUGAUAAACGAAGAUUUGGACAGCCUGCUGGAAAACAUCCCCAAAGGAGCUGAGGUCAGCGUGAACCCUGUUCAGGGUGCCAUUCCUACUAACCUACCAAACACGGCAGUAGGAUUGCGUCCUCCCUACCCCUCUGGACUCCCAGCUUCUUCCUCCCAGCUCACACCCCCUUAUUUUGCCUCUGUGGUCAGCCCUCUUCCUCAGCUGGAUGCCUUCUCUGUGCUGGGGCAGAGUGAGAGUUCCACACAGCCCAUGGAGUCUCUCAUCUCAUUCAGUUCUGAAACUGGAGAUUCUCCGGGGAGAGGCAGGGCUGAAUCACGGAGCACAGAAGGGCUCGACUCACUGUCAGAGUACACGCUACCAGGAGGAAGAAUCUCUACUAAUUUCAUCCCUGGGUUACGGAACCUCAGUGCCAUCCACACACAGAAUGGCUCAACUACCACCAACCUUUCCCUGCUCUCCCGGAACCCACUGGCUGCCACCCAUGAGUUUAGACAGGCCUGCCAUGCCUGCUACAGCCGUAUAGGUCCUCGGGUCAUGGAUUACAAGUACCAGCCUGAAGCAGCUCAUCGCUGCAAGAGAGAUGUGCUGCUGUGUCGUCUCAAAUCGUCUGACGAUACAACUUGGAAGAGGAUAAGACCUCGCCCUGCCCGCAAUAACUUUCUAGGAGCGUUCGUUCUCUGCAAAGAGGUGCAGGAGCGUCAAGAGUGCCAGUACGGGGAAAACUGUACUUUUGCCUAUUGCCAGGAAGAGAUAGAUGUGUGGACUCAGGAGAGGAAAGGAGCCCUGAGCAGAGAGCUUUUAUUCGAUCCUCUGGGCACAAACGAGAGAAGAGCACUUAGUGUUACACGCCUUCUACAGCUUCAUAUGGGCAUGUUCAUGUUUCUCUGUGAGGAGUGUUUUGACAGUAAACCUCGUAUUAUAAGCAAACGUAGCAAAGAGAACCUAGGUGUCUGCUCCAACCUUACUGCAAGACAUCCUUUUGAUGAUAACAAGUGCCUGGUGCAUGUGGUCCGCUCGGCCAAUGUGCGCUACAGUAAGAUUAGACCACUGCACCCUUUGUGCCAGUUUGAUGUAUGUCGCCAUGAGGUGCGCUACGGCUGCCAGAGAGAAGACAGCUGUUCUUUCGCUCACUCAGUAAUUGAGCUCAAGUGCUGGGUGCUACAGCAGGACACAGGUAUCACACAUGAGGAGAUGGUACAGGAAUCAAAGAGACAUUGGCAAAGACUUGAGCAGAAUGCUCAACGACAGAAGCCUAUGCAUGUGCCUCAUCAGACUAGUAGCAGCAGCAAUGCUGUAAGCAGUGCUGGUGUAGGUAGUGGUGGAAUGGCUGGUGGAGGCAGCGACAGCAUUGGAGGUGGAGGCUCAGGAGGAGGCAGCUGUGGGCGAGCCCGGGGGCUCAACCUGAAGAUGAAGUUUGUGUGUGGUCAGUGUUGGAGGGAAGGCCAGGUCAAUGAGCCAGACAAGGCACUGAAAUACUGCACUGCCAAAGCCAAACACAGCUGGACAAAAGAGCGCCGGGUGCUGUUAGUAAAAUCAUUUGAGAAGAAAAAGUGGGUAGUAGUACGACCGUUGCCUUUCUCCAGGACUUACCCUCAACAGUAUGAUAUGUGUGUUCAUGUGAUGAAACAGAAGAAAUGCCACUACAUUGGGAACUGCUCUUUUGCGCACAGCUUGGAAGAGAGGGAUGUGUGGACCUACAUGAAGAACAACAGUUUGAGAGACAUGCAGCAGAUGUAUGAUUUGUGGUUAUCAUUAACCAAUCAGAACCGUCGAUCAGAUGGCACCCUGAUAACUCCGCCUCCUGAGGAGAAGCAGAGUACCUUGCCAGCUGAUUAUACAGAGUCAAUGGGUGGGCAGCGGUUGUCUGGAAAUGGGGAUUUGUAAUCCUGGCCAGAGCGUGACUAGCAGGCCAAGCAGCUAACUUGAGGCGUCUCACAAAAAGAUCCAGCUAUCCACCAGACGUCAGUUUGUAUGCCCUUGUUCCGCCUUUCGGUGCAACUUCGGGAUGUGUUGUGUCCUCCUGCACUGCAGAAAGCCUGACCGUGGGACUAAUGGUGUUUGUGAACAUGCACGUAUAUACAUGCUUUCUUAUUUAUGGUCAAAUGCAUUUAUCAGUCCAUUGUUUUUACGUUUGACUGAUUAUAAGAAAAUGCACACCAGUCAUUUGGGACCCCAUAGUAGUUUAAGGCUAGUUUGAAUUCCCAAACUGGUGUAAGCUGACAAUUAAAAAACAAAAAAAAGAAAGUUUCUGUUAAAACUUGUGAUCAGGCAAAUGCAAUCUGGAUACCCCACUGACUAGUACAUUUCUGGGCCAGCUUCCUCAAAACAUUCUCCUAUUUUAUUAUGCUGCACCAUAUUAGACAGCAGAAAAGGUUACCUGUUGUUAAUGAAGAUGUUUGAUUUGCCACAGUGCUUUCUUAAAUGAGUGGUGCAUUACUCUAUACUUGCCAUAUUGGCAGAACCAAAAUGAAUGUAUAGCUAGCAAAAGGCCAUGAAAACGAAAUUAAAAUGUUUUAAAUGUGGAAUGUAUUUGACACACAUUGGCAAACUGUUAUGUCAUAACUUCAAAUCACACCGCUUUUCCUCUGGCAUUCUCCUCACUACUUAUUGAACUACAUGUAGGUUUACUGCUUGUGUAACUCCACCUGUUAGUCCUGCGUGCACGUACUUGCGUUAAGUUUGCACAGAGUGAGCUGUGAAAAGGGCAGUAUUUUGUAAGGACAGUGGAGGGCACUGGAGAUCUAUUUGCACAAGGCAUAUAUGAGUUAAAUACUGACUGCUCGAGUCCAAUCUGAUUUAAGCAGUUCAAAAGCUCAAUUGUGGUAUGUCUUUGAAAUGAAAGCUGAUCACUUUCACUGAGCAGUUUAAGGGGCGUAAAUGAUUGGAAGUAGUUUCAUUUAAGCUUAUACCCUGUGCUAUUGGAAGUUAUAGAGUGUUUGGAACUCAGAUAUACUAAAAUUAAUUUUUUAGUUGAUCACAGCUCAGAUUGGGCCAGAUACACCAGAGUUCUCUGUAAUUAAGUAACUGUCAAUUUCAGAUGAGGAACCUGAGUUGAAUGUGCAAAGAAGGCAAAUAAGCUCUUAACAUGGUGCGCCUAUGCAUAAUUAUAAUCCCUCCAAAAAUAUAUCACAGUACCUUGCUACUUUUAGUUAGUCUUGUCCAUAUCUAUGGUGGACAUAACGUAUACACAUACAAUACUAUAUCAUAUACUACUAAUGAUUAUUGAUAUCUUAGCAAUUAAGCUUAAAUAAAUAUAUCCUGACCUUGUAUUGAUUACAUAGAAUCUGUUAUUAAGCUAUGCUACAUGACCUGUAUUGCUGAUUAGAAGAUUAGAUUUAUUUUUUCCCCUUGGCUUUUGUGGGGGUCAUUCCAGGAAAGGUCAAGUUUUGUGAACUUUUCUUCAAACCAAACUACAUUAGAUAGAAGAUAAUGAUUGUAAUAAAUUCCCUGUAAGCACAUUACCACCUAGUGCAUGAUGGAAAUCAUUUUCUUAUUUUGAGACAGUUUAGAGAAGGCAGGAUUUUAUUAAGCAGGUUUUUGGAUAUCGGCUAUACCACAGCUGUAGUGAAAAAAAACUUCAAAACAGCUUGAAUAUUGUGAAGGACUUUAUGGAAUGACCUAUAUGUAUGCUUCACUGAGGGAUCAUAUUAUUAUUAUUAUUAUUAUUAUUAUUAUUACUACUACUACUGCUAUUAUUAUUAUGAUAAGGAUUGCUAUUAUGACUUUCUAUCCUUCUAUAUUCUAUUGAUAUAUGUUCAUUGCAAUGUAUAACUCUCUUUAAAUAUAUGUAUCCAUGUAUGAAUAUAAAAACUUAACAGUGAAUAGUUUAUGUAUGCUGAGUGACCUUUACAGUUUAGGGAGGGGGGACUGGUGUCGAUGCAUGUGUUUGAGGUUUUACAAUGGUCAUCAGUUUGUUUUGACUGGAAGAUGUGAAAAUGGUUUAAUUCUCUCAGUUUUACUCUUGGACCCUUAGGUUCUAAACCAAAAAGGUCCAAUAGCAAUAUGGGUUUAUUGGAAGUUCUACUGGUAGUUGUAUCGUGUUCGCUUUUGCCCUUUAACAUCGGUGGUGGCUUAAUAAUUUCCUGUCAAUAUGUAUAGUCCCAGACAUUACUAAAAUAAUGGGUAUUUUAAGAACGGUUUGAGUUUAACUGUAGUGAGAAUAAAUUGAUUUUGUUUUUAUUUACAUGUUUAGCUGAUCCAUUGUUGGUUUUCUCAAUCUUUAUGAUGAAACCCUCAAGCACAUGUAUUUUCCAGUUGUAUUAUGAGGAUACUAAGCAUAUAUAUUUGUUUGUUUGCAUAGCGUUUUAUACAAUAUAAACAUUUAUACAAUUAUAAGAAAUCUAACAUGUAUAACCUUUCUCCUACAGUGCAUAUUUCUAUACACACUUAGACAACUUGCAUAAGAAAAUAGAUGCAAGGUGGUGGAUGUGUUUUUGUGAUCUGCUCUAUUGAUGAAGUCAGAGACUGAUGUUAUUGGUUGUUUAGGGGCAUGCAGCUUAUUGUCUCGGGCAUUCUUCUGUGGACAUGCAAUGACUUUUUCAGUGGAUUGUCCCAUUUUACUAGUUCAUGCAUUUGGCCUCAGGUUGACAAUCCGUGAAAGUGUCACUUAGCCAAGCGAAAAGAACAAAGAUUUAGAUUAUAGAUACUGUCUCAAUAAUGGUAGUUUGUAAAAAGGUCAUAUCAAAAGAUCAGAAUCUCUUCCCAUUGAUGAGUCAAAGGGCUAGAGAGAGCAUCAUCCAGUCAAAUCAACCCCCAUCAUGUUCAUCUUGAGUUAAUUUUAUUUGAAUGUGAACCUGCAGUGUUUUUUUUUUUUUUUUUUUUUUUGUUUGAGUUUGAUUUCUUCCCCAAGUAUUUUAAGCCAAUGGGGAAAGGUUGCACACGGUUAGAUGACCUUUGCAUGUCAUACUCUUUAGCAUCUGUCUUGAAUCGGAGAUUGUGACAUGGUAAUCUUGACCUGAAAUUCCAUAUUGACCCUGAAUAGGAUUUUUUUUUUUUUUUUUUUUUGUCUUUUGAACAUAACAUAAAUACAUGCAGUGGAUUUAUCAAGAUGCUGUAUUCUGUUAAGAUGUUAUUUUUCAACUGCUUAAUGUAACUGAUAAAAAUCUGGGUUUGGGGGAAAAAAAGAAACAUUGCCUCUUUUUGUACAGUAUUUUUACAUUUUGUUUUUUGUUCUCCUUUUUUGCUCCCUGGUUGGAAAUGAAUAAUCACAGUGGACCAAAUCUUGUGAGUGUUUAACAAUAAACAGACUGUUUUAGAAAAA